ACGACCUCUGCACGACAAGUGCUGAAUGUCGAAAUGUCGAUCGGGCGCUGCUCGUGGCUCCGCUCAUAAAGUGCGGAAGCAUUUCGUACCGCCAGCUUGAAUCUGGCGACAUUCGUUCAGCGGAGCGUUGCAAUGCCCCUCCUCGCUGCAGCAGUGGUCGGACCCUGCCAUUGCCCAAGCAUCGUGGCAAGCGCAGGAAAGGGCCGGAAAUUUUGCAGCAAUUUUCCUUCAGCGAACAGUUUGCACUUCUCCGAUGUGAGAAACUUGUCGAGGGAUCCCAUCGGCCUGACUACGAAGUUGAAUUUGCCUUCGAGAAGGCAUCGUCGUGUGUUAGUAGUCACACCAGUGGCCAAGAUAGCAGAAGGAAGUGUGCCUGCCUCUGUGAGUAGCUCGAAUUAUCCCGAGGAGACGGGAGUGAUUAUCGUAGGAGCUGGUCUUGCAGGUCUUGCAGCUGCCAAACAUUUGGCCAAAGAAGGACAAUCGUUUGUUUUGUUGGAGGCCUCGGAUGGUGUCGGGGGACGAGUGAGGACGGAUGAAUUUGAGGGAUUUUUGCUGGACAGAGGUUUCCAAAUUCAUAUCACUGCGUACCCUGAGGCACAGAGAGUUUUGGCUUACGAUGGCCUGGAUUUGAGGAAUUUCUAUGCUGGAGCGAUGGUGUGGUUCAAUGGGCAAUUCCAUCGGGUUGCCGAUCCAUUCCGCCAUUUCACUGACGGUCUCGGAUCAUUGGUGAAUCCAAUUGGAUCUGUUUUGGAUAAGGUGUUAGUAGGAAUUGUGAGGUUUCGAGCAGCGAUCAAGGGCGUGGAUGAGAUAUUAGCCACAGAAGAAACGACGAUCGAAGAGAGGCUGUCGAAAGAAGGGUUUAGCGAGGCGAUGGUGGACAGGUUCUUCCGACCUUUUUUCGGAGGAAUCUUUUUUGACAGGGAGCUACAAACUACGUCGAGAUUGUUCGAGUUCGUAUUCAAAUGCUUAGCUCUAGGGUCCAAUGCUCUCCCAGCAACAGGCAUUGGUGCAAUUCCGAAGCAACUCGCUGCCAGCCUGCCGCCUCGGUCAGUGUUCCUCAACUCGAAGGUCACAGGACUAAUAGAAGGCAGCGGUGUAAUUUCUGGAGUCAAGCUGGAAAACGGAGAGCAGAUCAAAGCCAAACAUGGAGUGAUUGUAGCGGUCGAGGGCCCGGAAGCUGCUCGAUUGAUGAAAGACAAACUCCCAGAAACUCCUUCUGUGACGAAGACUCCGAGGAGCACUGUCUGCUUGUACUUCAAAUCAGACCAAGCACCUUUCACGAGCGAACCUGUCCUGCUCCUCAACGGGACCAAGAAGGGCAUCGUGAACAACAUGUUCUUCCCUUCCAAUGUUGUUCCUUCCUAUGCACCGCCCGGGAAAACCCUCGUGUCGGUGUCUCUGAUAGGCACCCACGAGGGAACUUCCGACUUGGACUUGGAAGCCACCGUCCGAAACGAGCUUUCAGAAUGGUUUGGCAAGAAAUUUGUGGACAGUUGGAAGCAUUUGAGAACUUACAGGAUUCCAUUCGCACAACCAGAUCAGUCUCCUCCGACCGAGCUACGGAAGAACCCUAGACUCGCCGAAGGUUUAUACGUUUGUGGUGACCAUAGAAAUUCUUCGACGUUCGAUGGCGCAUUAGUGUCAGGUCGCGUUGCAGUUCAGACACUUUUGAGAGAUAGGAAGCUGGCGAAGACUGCUUAAUUUGAGUGUCGAUUGGAACAUAAGGGCAAGCUGCUGUAACUUACUGUACGUAGAGUGUAAAAUUGCAUUUUUUCUGGUAUUCGUAUCUAAAAAUUCAAGUGACAUAUUUUGACCGCCCAAGAGUGUUGUAUAAUUCGAAUGUAGCUAUCGGCAAUAUUUUGUAGUGUUUGUGGGUAUAGUGCACAUCUACACUCAGCUGCGCGGCUGUAUGAAGUGGAAGGAAGUGAUUCAUUUUCAGGAUAGCGACGUUGUAAGGGUAUUAACUAUAUAGUUUUGCUGAAAUUGGACAUCAAUGACAUCUUAACUAAUUGAAAAAGGCUCGCAAUAUUAUGCCAC